AUGGCUUCUUCUUCUUCUUCUUCGACACUUCGCACAUGGAGAUACAAUGUUUUCACAAGCUUCCACGGACCAGACGUUCGUAAAUCCUUUCUCAGUCAUUUACGCAAACAGUUUAACUACAAUGGGAUUACGAUGUUCGAUGAUCAAGGGAUCGAGAGAAGCCAAAUCAUCGCUCCUGCUCUCACACAAGCGAUUAGAGAAUCUCGGAUCUCGAUCGUAUUGCUCUCGAAGAACUAUGCUUCUUCCGGUUGGUGUUUAGAUGAGCUAUUGGAGAUUCUCAAUUGCAAAGAAGAUUUAGGGCAAAUAGUGAUGACUGUCUUCUACGGAGUAAAUCCUUCUGAUGUACGAAAACAAUCCGGAGAUUUUGGAUUCGCUUUCAAUGAAACUUGUUCUCGAAAAACAGAGGAGGAAAGUAGAAAUUGGAGCAAAGCUUUGACUUAUGUAGGCAACAUAGCUGGAGAACACUCCCAAAACUGGGACAAUGAAGCGGAAAUGAUUGAGAAAAUUGCCACAGAUGUUUCCAACAAGCUAAAUGCAACACCAUCAAGGGAUUUUGAUGGCAUGGUGGGACUUGAAGCUCAUUUGACAGAAAUGGAGUCUUUGCUUGAUUUAGAGUAUGAUGGAGCUAAGAUUGUUGGAAUCUCUGGUCAUGCAGGCAUUGGUAAGAGCACCAUUGCAAGAGCUUUACAUAAUCUACUCUCUGAUAGGUUUCAGCAUUCUUGUUUUAUGGACAACUUGCGGGAAAACUAUAAGAUUGGUGGUAUUGUUGAGUAUGGUUUGAAGUUGCGGUUACAAGAGCAACUUCUUUCUCAGGUUCUGAAACAAAAUAGAAUUAGUAUUCGCCAUUCAGAUGUGAUACAAGACAGGCUAUGCGACCAAAAGGUUCUUAUAAUUCUUGAUGAUGUGGAGAGUCUAGAUCAACUAGAGGCUUUGGCUGAGAUUAGUUGGUUUGGUCCUGGAAGUAGGGUCAUAGUAACAACUGAAAACGAAGUGAUUUUGCAGCAACAUGGUAUCAAUGAUAUAUACCAUGUGCGUUUUCCAUCAAGAAGCGAAGCUUUAAUGAUCUUUUGUCUAUCAGCUUUUAAACAAACCUUUCCACCUGAUGGUUUUAUGGAUCUUGCAAAUGAAGUUGCAAGAAUUUGUGGUAAUCUUCCAUUGGGUCUGCAUGUUUUGGGGUCAUCACUUCGGGGAAAGAGUCGGGCUGACUGGAUAGAUGAGCUACCAAGGUUACAAAACUGUCUUGAUGGAAGAAUUGAGAGUGUAUUGAAAGUGGGAUAUGAGAGUUUAUAUGAGAAAGACCAAGUUCUGUUUCUCCUCAUUGCAGUCUUCUUCAAUAAUAGACAUGUUGAUUGUGUGACAUCCGUGCUUUCAAAUACUAACUUAUUGGAUGUUAAACUUGGGUUGAAGAACCUGGCUAAUAGAUAUCUCAUACACAAAGAUCACCGUGGAGUGGUAAUGCACCGUUUGCUACAAGUAAUGGCUAGAAAAGUCAUUUCCAAACAAGAGCCAUCGAAACGUCAGAUUCUAGUUGAUGCCCAGGAGAUUUGCGAUGUUCUAGAAAAGGCAGAAGGUAAUAGAUCGAAUUUCGCUGUAUCAUUUGACGUAUCAGAGAUCAACGGAUUAAAAAUAAACAAGAAGGCUUUUAAAAGAAUGUGCAAUCUUCUCAUCCUAAAAGUCUACAAUGGGAGUCAUGGGCGAGAGAGACAAUUACACGUACCAGAGGAGUUGAAGUUUCCACAUAGCUUAAGGUUACUACAUUGGGAGGCAUACCCAAGAAAAUCUUUUAGAAUUUGCCCUGAAAAUCUCGUCAAACUCAACAUGAGGCAUAGCCAACUGGAGAAGCUAUGGGAAGGAACUCAGCAACUUGCAAAUCUCAAGGAGAUGAAUUUUAGUUGGUCAUCUCGUUUGAAGGAACUUCCAGAUCUUUCAAAUGCUACAAAUCUAGAGAGAUUGGAUUUGUUUGAAUGCACUGCUUUGGUAGAGCUUCCAUCCUCAGUUUCAAAGCUUCAUAAACUAUAUCACUUAGAGACGAAUCGUUGCACAAGUCUGCAAGUCAUACCAACUCUCAUCAACUUGGUAUUUCUCAAAGCUAUCAACAUGAUGGGAUGCUCACGGUUGACAAGUUUUCCAGAUAUUCCUACCAGCAUCAUUAAACUCUCUGUGAUGGAGACAGCGAUAGAAGAACUUCCCACAUCACUUAGGCAUUUCUCGUUUCUUGAGUCUUUUGAUAUAAGAGACAAUGUAAAUAUCAAGACCUUCUCAACAGAUCUCCCCACAAGCGUAACGCAUGUGUUCCUAUGUAAUAGUGGUAUUCAGAGGAUUACAGAAGACUGCAUCAAAGGUCUUCAUAAUCUACAACUUCUUGAUAUAUCAGGCUGCAAAAGACUCACAUCAUUGCCAGAGCUCCCUUGUUCGCUCAAAUGGCUACGAGCAAACCAUUGUGAAUCAUUGGAGAGAGUAAGUGGUGGUUCUUUAAACACUCCAAAUGCAGAACUGGAUUUCAGCAACUGCUUAAAGUUGUGUCGACAAGCAAGACGAGCGAUUAUUCAACAAUGGUUUGAUGGCGGGUGGGCUCUCUUACCAGGAAGAAAAGUACCUACAGAGUUCGAUCACCGAGCCAGAGGAGAUUCCUUAACAAUAACUCAUCCUGGUUUCUACAGGUUUAAGGUUUGCGUCGUGAUUUCUGCAGAGUUCGAUCAUCAAGCCAGAGAUGUUACUAUAGUUUCAAGACUACUGUGUCGUUGCAGGUUUAUCGGCCACUUGAUAAACUCCACUGACAUCAAGUUUGUCCUAUCCGAUGUCUCCAAAAAUCGAAUGGAACAUCUCCUUAUAUUUCAGAUAUUGAACAUGCCAUCUUUUAACCCAUCUAGCAGAGGGAUAGUGCUCGAAUUCAUCAGCAGAUACAAAGAUUUUGACAUUCUUGAAUGUGGUGUCAAGAUCUUGACGGACGAAACAGAGAAAAGCAACCAUUGGACAUGUGGAGAUGAAUAUGAAGACAAUGACCUCUGGGAUACACAUGAAUUACAAGAAUCAUCAUCAGAGAAAGAAGACAUAGACGAUGACAGUGUAGCCAAAUCUGAAUCUGGAGAAGCGUCCAAAGACAAAGUUGAGGAUAUCGCAGACGACAGCUGUGACGUCGAAUCCAUAUCCAAGAAGCGUCCGAGGAAGAAUUGGAUUCUGUGUCUUUUUCUUUUUCUUUUAUGUUUUGCUUUUGCUAGAAUUCUCGAUCUAUUUUGAUCCUCUCAAACAUAUUUGUUUAAAAUUGAUUUUGUUCAUCCCAUUUUAGAAUAUUGCAAGCA